UACAGCAGCAGCUGCGACAGUACGUUAUGCUGGUCAGAAGGAAAAGGGGAACCAUAGCGUAAGAUCUUCCAUGAAGAAACACUACGCGUUUAUAGCUUAAACCGACGUUUACUUAAUUUUUUAUAUACUGCGAAAAAACCGUAGUGAAGAAUUGUGUCAGUUGUUGAGUGUUUGAUUUGAAGCUUUUGCCUCGUGCAGAGAUCACAAUAACUGGAAGCUCGCACCCCACACAGUGAGUGUGUUAGUGCUGGUCAGAGGGACAGCUAUGGCUAAUUCAAGAAUAAGCUAAAAGAUUUAUAGAGAAAACCCUGAGGAAGAUUUCACCUUUGACUGGUGCUAUAAAGAGAAGGAGAAUACCGGCACCAGAGUAGUUUCAGUGCUGUUCUGAAAGCAGAAAGUGUCAAAGUAUGGAGCCCAUAUGUGCCACAGGUGUGGCUGCUCGACUGAGGAGUGAGUGGGACCGCAAUGAUGGUAUUGGUCAGAAUCACAGGGCUCUGAAGUUCUUGGGUCAGGACUUUGAGUCUCUUCGUGCCCACUGCCUUCAGAGCAGGUGUUUAUUUGAGGAUGAGACCUUCCCAGCCCAGCCCUCCUCACUAGGAUUCAAGGAGCUGGCACCAGGCUCUGCCAAAACCAGAGGAGUCCGCUGGAUGAGGCCCACGGAGUUCUGUUCUGACCCACACUUUAUCGUAGAUGGAGCCACUCGCACAGACAUCUGCCAAGGAGCUUUAGGGGACUGUUGGCUACUGGCGGCCAUUGCGUGCCUUACCCUGAACGAGCCUUUGCUGCAUCGCGUGGUUCCUCAUGGCCAGAGCUUCCACCACCAAUAUGCUGGAAUCUUUCAUUUUCAGUUUUGGCAGUUUGGGGACUGGGUGGAUGUGGUGAUUGAUGACCGGCUGCCAGUGAGAGAUGGAAAACUCCUAUUUGUUCACUCAGCUGAAGGGGCGGAGUUCUGGAGUGCCCUGGCGGAGAAGGCAUAUGCAAAAUUAAACGGUUGUUAUGAGGCACUCUCUGGAGGCUGCACCUCUGAAGGGUUUGAAGAUUUCACUGGUGGGGUUACAGAAAUGUAUGAGCUCAAGAAAGCUCCACCAAACCUCUACAGCAUCAUCAGAAGAGCUGUAGAAAGAGGAUCUCUAAUGGGCUGCUCUAUAGAUAUCACAAGCUUCUUUGACAUGGAGGCUGUCACCUUUAAAAAGCUGGUGAAGGGCCAUGCUUAUUCUGUUACAGGAGUGGAGGAGGUGGAGUUUAAGGGAAACCUCACCAAGCUGAUUCGCAUACGAAACCCCUGGGGAGAGGUGGAGUGGACUGGAGCCUGGAGUGACGACUCAAAAGAGUGGAGUGGAAUCGACCCUGCCAUUAAAUCCCGUCUGCACAAUUGCUGUGAAGAUGGAGAGUUCUGGAUGUCAUUCAGAGAUUUUAUGAAGGAGUUCAGCAGGCUGGAGAUUUGUAAUCUGACAGCAGAUGCACUGCUAAGCAGUGAGCUGAAGAAGUGGAAUUCAUCUCUCUACACUGGAGAGUGGAGGAGAGGCAGCACAGCUGGGGGUUGCAGGAAUUACCCGGCGACCUUUUGGAUCAAUCCCCAGUAUAAAAUCAUGCUUAAGGACCCAGAUAUUGAGGGCCAAGAUGGCUGCAGUUUCCUGGUGGCACUAAUGCAGAAGGAUCGACGACGGUUACGCAAGGAGGGCAAAGACAUGGAAACGAUUGGAUUUGCCAUUUAUGAGGUUCCCAAAGAGUAUAUGGGCAGAGUGGGCGUGCAUCUGAAGCGCGAUUUCUUCCUCACACACAUGUCCAGCGCUCGCUCUGAGCUCUUCAUCAACCUGCGGGAGGUGAGCUCGCGUUUCUGCCUGCCUGCAGGAGAGUACAUCGUCAUCCCCUCCACCUUCGAGCCUCAGAAAGAGGGUGAUUUUGUGCUGAGGGUCUUCUCUGAAAAAGCUGCUGACUCACAGGAACUAGAUGAUGAGCUUUCUGCUGACAUACCAGAGGAGGAUGUGCUGCCAGAGAGUGAGAUUGAUGAAGGCUUCAAGGCCCUUUUUACCAAGCUUGCUGGAAAGGACAUGGAGAUCGAUGUGCCGAAGCUGCAGAUGAUUCUGAACCGCGUCGUAAGCAAACAUAAGGAUCUAAAAACUGACGGAUUUCAAAAGGAGGCUUGUAGAAGCAUGAUCAACCUUAUGGAUACAACUGGCCGUGGACGGUUGGGUUUAACAGAUUUUCAUGUGCUUUGGGAGAAGAUAAAGCGAUAUCUUACUGUGUUUAGAAAGUUUGACUUGGACAAGUCUGGCACCAUGAGCUCCUAUGAAAUGCGUCUGGCGCUGGAAUCAGCAGGCUUCAAGCUGACCAACCACUUGUUCCAGCUAAUAAUCCUGCGUUAUGCUAAGCCAGACCUGAAUGUGGACUUUGACAGCUUUGUGACCUGUCUGAUCCGCCUGGAGAGCAUGUUCAAGACAUUUAAAACCAUGGACACAGAUGCAGAUGGAGUGGUGUCCUUCAGUUUCUUCCAGUGGAUCUCCCUUACCAUGUUUACCUAGAUGGAUGUCUUUGUUCUUCACUUCAACCCUCACUUGUUUUCCAUGCUUUUUUUCCUGUACUAAGUGCCUUUUCUCCACUUUGCACCUCUUCUUUUAACUUCUCCCUCUCUUUCUCUCAGCUGUACCUUUACGAAAUACAGACUGCUAUGAGUUGUACAUUCAGGCAGUGUAUCUAAAAGAGAGAAACCUUAAUAAGAGAAGUUGGGUUAUUAAUCACUUUUGUAGCAUAACUGGUGCCUAUGUGUUACUGAAUGCUUGUGCACUGCAUUGCCUUAACUUCAACUGUUUCUUGGGUGCACCAUUUGCACCAGUUUUCUAAAUCGAUUUAGAUUUAUACCAGUUGGGUGCACUUUUCUGCUCUGAUUGUCUGAAUUGCUUUCAAAAAG